AUGGCCUCCCUGACGUUCGAUCAUUACCAAAUCGCGUGGGUGUGCGCCUUGCCGUUGGAGGCCGCAGCGGCAAGCGUCAUGCUAGAUAAAAUCCACCGUUCUCUACACCCGCCAUCUACAGAUCCAAACGCCUAUGUCCUUGGUGAACUGAACGGCCAUUUUAUUGCCAUCGCCUGCUUACCUACCGGUGUAUAUGGGACCAUAUCUGCAGCGACUGUCAUGGCUCACAUGCGCUCCACAUUUCCACGGAUCCAGUUUGCGCUUAUGGUGGGAAUUGGCGGGGGAGUUCCAAGUACCCACGAUGAUAUCCGACUUGGAGAUGUGGUGGUUAGCAAGCCAGGAGUAAUGCACAGUGGGGUGAUUCAAUAUGACUACGGCAAGACUGUGCAAGGUGGAAAGCUUGAGCCAAUCGGAAUGUUAAACCAACCGCCGCAGACUCUUUUGACCCAUAUGGCCCGACUACAAGUCCUUCAGAUGAUACAGAACGACAACACAAUUGCGAACAUUGUAGCAGAUAUAUUAGCCCGAUACCCGGAUAUGAAAGAACGAUUUGCACCCCCUAGCCAGGACACAGACAAACUUUUCUCUACCUCCUACCAACACCCCCUCGGCGAAAGGAACUGCGAUAACUGUGACAAAGAGCGAUUAGUCGCCAGAAAGCCGCGUGAUCAAGCACCUCAAAUCCACUAUGGCCUCAUUGCUUCUGGAAACCAGGUCAUGAAAGAUUCCGAAACACGUGACCGUCUUGCUCAACAGCUUGGAGUACUGUGCUUCGAAAUGGAGGCUGCGGGUCUGAUGAAUCAGCUCCCCACCCUCGUGAUCCGUGGCAUUUGCGACUACUGUGACUCCCAUAAGCACAAAGGCUGGCAGGGAUAUGCAGCUUUGACAGCAGCUGCUUAUACAAAGUGUUUGCUGUGCAGUAUACCUGCCAGCACAAGCCCAGACCACUCGGCCACCGGAAUAGGGUAUUGGACAGUUCCACUGGCAAGAAAUCAUCGAUUUGUUGGCCGCCACGAUGAGAUUACGAGACUGGAAGAAAUUAUCCUUGGAAAAGAUAUGCCUCAUCAAAUUGCAAUUACUGGCCUGGGAGGGGUGGGGAAGACACAAGUGGCCUUGGAGCUGGCACACCGCGUAAAAGACCGGGAUAGGGCGUGCUCUAUAUUCUGGAUCCCAUGCACCAGCCAUGGCGUGAUUGACCAGGCAUAUAUGAAGAUUGCACAGACAAUGGGGCUCCACGAAGUAAGACCUGCUGAAGUCAAAGAACAGGUCAAAGCAUAUCUUAGCACCAACCAUGUUGGAAAGUGGCUAAUGAUCUUUGAUAAUGCAGACGAUAGAGAUAUGUGGUUAAAGACUGAUAGCUCACACUCUCGUCUUGCAGACGUUCUGCCCCAGAGCGAAAAUGGCCGUAUUCUGUUCACAACCCGGAACCGAAAGUUCGCAGUGGAGAUGUUAUCUGCUGACAUCAUUUCCAUACCUGAUAUGGAUAAAGAAACCGCGUAUAAAAUUCUGGAAAGGUCCUUGGUCGACCAAAGUUUACUCAGAGAUCAUGAGAUGGCAAUGUCCCUCCUUGAGCAUCUGGCCUUCCUUCCCUUGGCCAUAACCCAAGCAUCAGCAUACAUUAAUAAGAAUGGACUGGAUCUGUCCACAUAUCUCGGGCUACUGCAGGAAAAAGAGCCCGAUAUUGUGGAACUCCUAAGUGAGGAUUUCAGGGAUCCCGGACGCUAUGACGAUAUCCAGAACCCUAUAAUCAUUACAUGGCUAAUAUCAUUCAAGCAAAUUCAGCGUCAGGAUCAACUGGCGGCCGACUAUCUAUCGUUCAUGGCGUGUAUCAAUCCGCGGAAUAUCCCUUAUUCUCUCCUUCCUGCUUCAACAUCCAAGAAACGCCAGGUCGAUGCCCUGGGGCUUCUGAGUGCAUAUUCAUUCACUAAUGUACAUGAUUUGGAUCUAAGCCUGCACAGGCUUGUACAUAUUGCUACACGGACCUGGCUGAGACAACGUUCGGUCUUUACCCACUGGGUCUCCAGAACGGCUGAUCAAAUCGCUAAGGUGUUCCCGAAUAACAACGACACUAAUAGAGAAAUUUGGCGACAAUAUCUUCCCCAUGCCCUAUCACUUGUGCGUGAGGAUGACUUUCGACAGCUGCGGAAAGACUAUGCGAACUUACUCGAAAAAAUUGCAACCUGCCUUUACAGCGAUGGCAUUUAUCAGGAAGCAGAACUACUUCUCACCGACUUGGUAAACAUAAGAGCCGAGAAAGACGGACCCAAUCAUCCUGAUACCCUAAGCAGUAUGGCAAACCUCGCAUCAACAUAUCGAAAAGGAGGCCGAUGGACCGAAGCUGAGACCCUUGAGGUACAAUUACUGGGGAUAUACAAGUCUAUGUUUGGGAUUGAACACCCCGAUACCCUGAUCAGCAUGGCAAAUCUUGCAUCAACUUACCAAAACCAAGGAAGAUGGACUGAAGCUGAAGCAUUACAAGUACAAGUCCUGGAAAUAAGAAAGCGAGUACUAGGGUUUCAACAUCCCAAGACCCUGAUCAGUACAGGAAACCUUGCAUUAACCUACCAGAAUCGCGGACAGUGGACGAAAGCGGAGACACUACAGGUGCAAGUAUUAGAGAUGUGCAAAACAGUAUUCGGGGCUAGACAUCCUGAUACCCUGAUCAGUAUGGCGAACCUUGCAUCAACCUACUGGAGUCAGAAGCGAUGGGCUGAAGCUGAAGCAUUACAAGUACACGUGUUAGAGACAUGCAAGACUGUCCUUGGAGUGGAACAUCCCAAUACUUUGAUAAGUAUGGCAAAUCUCGCAUCAACCUACUGGAACCAAGGGCGAUGGGUUGAAGCUGAAGUACUCCUAGUACAGGUAUUAAAGAUGUGUAAGACUGUACUUGGACCUGUACAUCCUGAUACUUUGGCUAGCAAGGCAAACCUUGCAUCAAUCUACCGGAUUCAAGGACGAUUGGCUGAAGCUGAAGCAUUAUAG